CUGACCACUCUGCUCUCUCUGGCAGGUCAUGAUGAUGGGCAGCACCCGCGUGGCCGAGCUGCUGCUGCUCCACGGCGCCGAGCCCAACUGCGCCGACCCCGCCACCCUCACCCAACCCGUGCACGACGCCGCCCGGGAGGGCUUCUUGGACACGCUGGUGGCGCUGCACCGGGCCGGGGCGCGGCUGGAUGUGCGCGAUGCGUGGGGCCGCCUGCCCGUGGAUCUGGCUGAGGAGCGGGGCCACCGCGACGUCGCCCGGUAC